CAUAAACAAAGUGAAACGCCAUUCUACUGUAGAUGUUUUUUUCGAUCUACAAAUGAACUGAAGCACACAUUGCCUUGUUAACACUACAUGUAUCCGCCAUGCAUAAUUUGUACUGGACGUUUUUACUGCUGACAGUGCACCUGUUAACAGUAGACAGUGUUACCGUUAUAAAAAACAAUGAAAGUAUCAUAGCAGAAGCCAUUAUACAAAACCUUGGACUGUCAACAAGUCGACCCGUACUCGACCCGAAUACAGUAACCAAUGUAACGCUAGAAUUUUUGUUGACUCGAAUUAUAGAGCUGAAUGAUGUUAACCAGGAACUGAAAAUCGCAAGCUGGACCAAUAUGAAAUGGCAAGACGAGCGUAUUACCUGGAACGCGUCUGAAUAUGGUGUUAAUUGUGUGUAUAUUCCUGUAAAUGAAAUUUGGAUACCCGAUCUAAUUCUGGAAAAUAACGUUGACGAAGAAUAUAACCAGUUCCAACCGAAUGCACCAGUUGAGGUAUGUUCAGACGGUAGAGUGAACUACUCGACAUUUUCUAUAUUUCGCAGUUCCUGUCAUAUUAGCAUAGUGUUAUUCCCAUUCGAUAACCAGACGUGUACCUUGCGAUUUUCUUCAUGGAUCUACAAUAUCUUUCAUCUAGACAUUAAUCCACAUAUACUUACUCUUGACCAAGAUGACCAAUUCGUAGAUUACGGAGUUUGGAGACUUUUAGGCAUUGAGAAAAGGCGCACAGUAACCGAAUACAAGGAGAAUAUUCCCCCGUUUGUAUACGCUUUAUUUACCAUUUACAUUAGGCGACGUUACAGGUUUUACUUUUUGUUUAUUUUGAUUCCAUACUCCUUCUGUUCGGUUCUCAUAUGCUUGAUGUUCUUCAUUCCAUUUGAGAGUGGUGAGAAGCUAUCGUACGGAAUCACAGCUGUGCUGGGGUUAGUUGUUUUUCAGGAAAUUAUUGCAAUGUCAUUGCCGCCCGUUGGCAACGAAUCCUCAGUUAUUGGAAAAUUCUUCACAGCGGUGUUCGGUAUUGGAAUCAUGUCAGUGAUUGUGGAAAUAAUCGUUUAUAACAUACAUGUGCAAGGGAAUGCUUACAAGGCAUGUGUGUAUAUAAAGAACUGUUGUCGCACUAAAAAAGAAGUCCCGUUAAAAGAAACCAGGAGCAAACAUCAUUCGGAACACACUCAAGAGCACCAAGAAUACACAGAAGUAGUUGCCAAAACCAACUAUUGCGAAAUUUUUGAGUUUUUCUCUGGAAUUUUAAGUCUUGUUUCGUUAAUUAUAUUAAUGUUGUGGUUAUUAGUUGUAAUCUAAAAAGAAAUUCUUCGUCUUACUCUCCUGUAGAAUGGAAAAGAUUUAAAAAGCGUUUAGAGUAAAAGAGCCCUUUGCUAGAAUCACACAACCCAACAACUACUUUAUAUUUAUUGAAUUUAUAAGUUGAAAGGGACUUUCAAAUGUUAUGAAAAUGACUUCUACACUAGAGAAAACAACAUAUAUGUCCAAAUUAUGUAAAACAAAUAUAAUUAUAAAUUAAUCAUCCAUUUAUCGUCGAUUUAUGAGGCCAUCUUAACAUAUUUAUUAGCUCUAUUCUGAUAAAAAUGUAGGAACUGAUUGUUCUAAUGGUAGGUAAUGUAACUUUGAUUUCUCUCCUUUUUUAGAGCCACGCCCACAUAUAUUUUAAAUUCAUAACAUUUCUUCAAAUUUCCAUUUCACAAUAAUUACACAACAGUAUAAUAAUAAAUAACUUUAAAUUAAGCACUUAUAAACCAUAUUCAUAUUGUAAGAUACAAACAUUUCAGUUACCAGCGUAACUAGUGGGACAGAAAUUAUUUAGAUUAGAUUUUCGUUCUCUUCUUUACAACAGUUAUAGCCUUUAACAAAUAUAUAAUUGAAUUAUUUACAAACUAAAAUAUAAACAAUAAAUUCAAAUAAAAACAUUUAAUAAAACAGUAUAUACAAGCUUGCAUCGAAAAUGUAUUAGAUUUAAAUCUCAGAAACUUAUAUACAUCAAAUCUAGUUCACUUAUAUAAUUAUAAUAUAGUAUUUAUAUUUACAUGUAUUUAUUAAUAAAAAUUCAAUUUCUACUCAUUAUAAAAAACAAAGAGUUUUUCUUUUACGUUGCCCGAUUUCUUUUCAUCUUUAUUUAAAUCACAUUUAUGAUUUGUUAUUAAGUCCCUAAGUUCUAACUUAAAUAAAUUCUAGAUAUUUUUUGGAUUUUCGAUUUUCAUUUUUCUUUGAUUUUUUAAAUACAAAAGGUAUAUGAGGAAAAUGUUUAUUAACAGGCCUGUUUUGAGUUCCAGUAACUAUGUACAACCAAUUCAAACCAUGCCUUAAUAUUCUUUCAGUAGAAAUGCACUCAGUAAUCACUGCAUCGAAUUUAUAACACGCAGGUUGUAUUGUUAUGCACUUAACUAGAAUUUGCUUUCAUUUUCCAUUUCUAAAUGACAUUUGUUACAUAAAUUGUUAGUUAGUAGAUUCCCAUCUUUUAAUUCUUUCUUACAAGCUAAAAUAAAGUGUAAUAUCUUAAAAUUAAAUUAAGCUAGUUUUACCAAGUGCUUCUUAGAAUAUAUUAUCUUUAAAAAAAAAUAGUUUUUUGCAAUCGAUAUUUUCAUUGAUGAACGCUAAUAGUAGCAAGUUUAUUAACAAAGCGUGUAUAAUAAUUAGGCCUAUACUAAAGACUUGUAUUUUUUGUGUGAAACGGAUGUUCUUUUAAUACACAUCUAGCUUGUUAUUUUCUAAUUUAGGUUCUGAAAUUACUUUUUUCCAUUCACUUUGUAUAGCAUUUAGAAGUGUAAAGUAUUCAAUUAUACAGUUUUCUUUCUUUAACAAUGUGGGAAUCAGCUCCUCAGCUGUUAAUAAUCUGUUAUGCACCAUAAUACAAUUUGAUUUGCACCCAUAAUCUAACGAAGAUUUGAAAUGAAUUGAUUCACCACCUGAGGUUAUGUAUUUAUGUUUCUUAUAUGUAUCCUUUAGAAUAUACAGUAUGCAUGGCGCAGGUUAACCUAUAUAGUUAUAUUUCUUUAAAUAUAGUGCCUAUAUUCUAUAUGAAUAUGCUUUUUGCUUGCAUACGAUUUAAUGACAUUCACGCUUCACAACCAGAAUGCAUCUGUGAGAUCAAGCGACAAAGGUUAUGGGAAAAUAAAUAUAUUACCUCAAAUGGUAAAUCUCUUCACUGAAACAUGGAUAGAUUGUAAUUUUUAAAAUAUGGGGGAUAAUAUCAUGAACAACAGAUUUAAAACCGUGAAGGAGAUUAUUCCUCACCUAGCUAAGUCUCACGAUGGAGUUAUACAAUAUUUUGCAGUUCUAAAUGCAAUUCCCCAAAGGUGGUCAGAAAUCAUUGUAAAUGAUUCUUGUUGUUUAAAUCACAAAGUCAAUGAGUGUAAAACAAAUUACGAACAGAUCUUAAGUAAAAACCGUGUUAAAGAUUUUUAUUUAUCCUUUAUAAAUUCAAAAUAUAUCACUCCAGGUGUUCAAUACAAGUGGGAAAGCGACUUGCAGACAACUACAAUUGAAUGGGCACGUUGUUGGAAAAAUAAAGUUUCUAAUAUGUUACAUUUGAAAAACAUAGCCCAAUUUAAUUAUAAACUCUUAAAUAGAGUAAUUCCAACAAAGAGUAGGUUACAAACAUGGAACCUGUCUGCCAGUAAUAGUUGUGAAACCUGUAAUGUUAUAAAAAACGAACAACACAUACUGUUCAAAUGUAGAGAUGUACAUUUCUGUUGGUCAAAUGUUAGUAUAAUGUUAGCAUCUUCUUUUUAAAUGACUGAUAAAAUUCAAUGGUCUAAAGUCGUUCUUGGAAAUUAUCAGAAACGUGUUAACGAAAUAAUCUCUAUGCUUACCUUCUGUAUAUACAAAAGUAAAAUGUUAAAAAGAUUAGGGUUGGAGAUAAAAUGCCCAUGGAAAAUGUUCCUAAACGAACUAAAAGCUUUAAUUGAAUGUGAAUUUAUAAUUAACAAAGAAAAUGCAAAAAACAAAUGGUCAAAUAUUAACCUUAAAAUGUUAGAGACAAAUUUUAACGUACAGAUCAAAUCGGAUGUAUAUGAUGUAUUAACUGACUGAUUUAUUGGAUGGAUAUUCAAUAAAAAAAAAACAAAAAAAAAACAAAAAGUAAUUCUAUAUAUGUAUGUAUGUAUGGGUAUAUGUGUGUAAAUAUGCGUAUGUAAGUAUUAUGGAUAUGUAUAUGUGUGAUUAUGUAUACAUAAUAUUACCUCAAUAUUGCAUGUACAGAACACUAUAGUUAAAUAAGCUAUUUGCUAUGAUUGACUAAGUUAAUUAUUAUUAUUACUAUUAUUAUUAUUAUUAUUAUUAUUAUUAUUAUUAUUAUUAUUGUUAUCAUUGUUAUUGUUGUUGUUGUUAUUAUCAUCAUCGUCACCAUUAUUAAUAUCAUUAUUACUAUCAUACUUUCUUGACCGUUGGGUGAUUAUGCUUUGUUGCAUUGAUGGUUUGAUGGGAGGAGUAAUUAAAUUAUUGUAUUAAUUGUAUAAUGUUUAGAAAUGGAAAAAAAAUUAAUGUAUAAAGGAAAUAGAAUAAUAGUACUAAUUUAAAAUAAGUGAUAAAUAUGUCAAUAGU